AUGAGUCAACCCGCUUGGGCUGUGGUCAUGGACCUUCCUAAUGAAUCAGUGUGGGUUGCAGAGGCUGAGAGCGCAUACUGCAUCAAGCGCAUUACACUAAGCAUAACGAACCCCGAGGUCGAGGACCAGGAUCUCCUCACCCUCGAGAUCUUUCCCGAUAUGCCCAUGUCCACACUCCGCGAAGCCAUCCAAGCCGAGACCAACAUCGCACCCACCUCCCAACACCUCUACCACAACGGUCGCUUGAUCCAAGAUGACACUCAGACGAUGGAACAGUUGCAGAUUGCCGACGGCGAGAUGUUGGCGCUACACGUGAGGGACAUGCAAGGAACCACUGGCUUGCCGGACCAGAGCAGAAGGGCACCGCAGCAGCGCCGGCGACCAGGAGGACAAGACCCAGAGCUCAUUCGCCUUCAGAUCCUGGGCGAUCCAAACUUACGUGCCGAAGCCACCCGCCAGCAGCCCCAGCUCGCCGCCGUUCUCGAUGAUCCCCAGAGAUUUGCCCAGCUUUUCAACCAGAGCUACGACCGUGAGCAGCGGGAACGCGAAGAGCGGCAGAGGCAGAUUGCCCGUCUGAACGAGGACCCCUUUGACAUCGAGGCUCAGCAGAAGAUUGAAGAGAUGAUUCGUCAAGAGAGAGUCAUGGAAAACCUCCAAAACGCCAUGGAGCACAACCCUGAAGUAUUCGGACGAGUGCACAUGCUGUAUGUCGAUGUCGAGGUGAACGGCCACAGAGUAAAGGCGUUGGUCGAUUCUGGAGCACAGGCAACCAUCAUGUCCCCUUCAUGUGCCGAAGCCUGCGGUAUCAUGAGACUCGUAGACAAGCGGUUUGCGGGUGUGGCUCGUGGUGUAGGCACAGCCAACAUCAUCGGACGCGUACACUCUGCCCAGAUCAAGGUCGGCACCAUGUUCCUGCCUUGCAGUUUCACCGUCAUGGAGGGCAAGCAGGUCGAGCUUCUCCUUGGCCUCGACAUGCUUAAGCGCUACCAAGCCAGCAUUGACUUGGCCAAGGACAAGCUGAUCAUUCAGGGCGAGGAGGUGUCGUUCUUGGGCGAAGCGGAGAUUCCCAAGGAGAGCGAGGAGGCUCUGGAGGAAGAACCCAGAUUACCUGGCCCAGCUGGAACGACCAUUGGUCAGCGCUCCGGUGUUGUCAGUGGUCCCGAAGGCGCUGCUGCCGCCGCGCCGACGCAGCAAACCCUUCCACAAGGUCGGCCAGCACCUCAGCAGCAGCAGCAGCAGCCAGCGGCGCCAACUUUCCCGGAAGAGCAUAUCAACCAGCUCAUGGCUCUGGGUUUCCCUCGUGAAGCGGCGAUCAAUGCUUUGCAAGCUACAGGUGGCAAUGUCGAGUUCGCAGCCGGUCUCUUAUUCGGGGCAUAG